GAGACGCUAUGUUAAGUAGAACUUUUAAAAGUUUACACAGUUGGGGGUAUCUAAUACAUUCGCACAAGCCUCUCGUGACAUUUGUUUCUUUUCUGUUUUUUUUUUCUUCUUCAAUUCCCAUUUUCGUCUCCGUCAUCUUUACGGCACAGAAAUGUACACAAAACCAAAAGCUUACUCUAUCUUCUCUCUCUCUCUCUCUCUCUCUCUCUCUCUCUCUCUCUCUCUCUCACAUGCCUUUGUUCUUACUCUUUCUCAAGACUCAAAGUCACGUCCUUUUCUCCUCUCGCUCAUCACAACUCUUUCUCAGUGCAGAGAACAACUCCGAAGCUCCUCCCUCCACAUCUCUUUCCGAUCUGUUUUGGAGAACUGUGAACCAUCAUUAAACUAGUGUCAGUCCAUCUCUGAAACUUCUCUAACGGCUUUGGUUGGUUGUAAUGGCGGAGAACAAACUUAACUUCGAUGCACCUCUUCUUUCUACAAGGAGGAUGAAGAAAUCAGCAGUGUCUGUUCGUAGAAACAUGCCAAAGCAGCUCGAUGAUGUUGCUGACUCCAAGACAAGUGAAUCUCUUUCUGUUUCAGUUCUUGUCAAAAAAGACAUGGGUUUAGAUAAGGUUCCGGAAUCUGCCUCUGUUCCUCUCGAAUCUCCCUUGGAGAGUUCAGUGGGUAAACAUUUAGAAGAAGAAGAGAGUGAUGAUGAUGAUGAUGUCUUCUCUGAUGCCCUUGAUACAUUGUCUUUAAAGCAUAGCAUAAGUGAGGCAAUGAAACCGCCAAUGCCAUCUGAAGAUCCUCAACCUCGGGCUUUCAUGUUGGAUCGGUUCUUACCUGCCGCGAAAUCCAUGACUGUGGAGCAACCAACUCAAUAUGCUUGGAAGCGACAACCGUUGCCUCUCAUGUCUGAACCAAUGAGACAAAUUAGAGAUAUAGUACCAGCGGAGAAUCAUGCAACUCCUAAUAGGUAUGAGUCUAUGAUUUCUCCAUCUUAUUAUCAGGGCAUAGAUUAUGAUGAAGAGAGCGAGGAUGAUUCAGAUGAUGAUGAAGUUUCUGAGUAUCUUUCUAAGAGAGGCUGUGGGAUGAUGUCACCACAACUGUGCUUUAAAAACUCACUCGGUAUGCUGAGCUCCGUGCAUGGUCUUAAGGAGAAACCUUACUCCAGCCAUGAUCAAGUGAAGUCAAGCAAGGUCGCUCAGCUCAAGUCUCGGUUCCAAUCUGUGAAAAAGCUCGCUCUUGAUUAUAAGCUUAAGUUGGGAAAUAUAGCUCAAUCUCCAGUACAUCCAAGUGUUGGGAAGAAGUUUAACUUUGGAUCUGAGCAACUUGAAUCAAACCUGAGUGCUACAAGUAGGCCAUCUUCUCCUUACAGGCAAACUGGCUGUAUGUCACCGUAUCGCAGUGUAGGAAACAGCUCCCCUCUUCACCCUGCUGGUUUCCCUGGAACUCGUAAGGAAGCAGAGAUUAUGAGAGCUAACAGGUUGAACAAGCAUAUAAGAAACAUAGCCAUGUCUCAAGAGCUACUCUAUCCAAAAAGUACAAGACAAGACUGUUCAACAAAAUCUAUCAUGGAGAAGACAUUAUAUGUUGACACAGAGAACUCUCCAAAGACCAGCAACGAUCAUGGUAACUCAAAUGUCAAGAACUUGCCAGAAACAAUUUCAGAGGAACCAGAAAUGGAGGGAAAGAAACCUAAAGCCAUUCUCGAGCUUCAGGCUGUAGAAACUCUAAGUGUUAGCAGUGGUAUCAAGACGGGGAAGGCAGAUGAGUUGGAAAAGAACAACAAUGGCUGUGAUAUGUCUCCACUUGCUCCGCCACCACCCAAAAAGCCUUCUGAUUCUUGGCUUCUCAGUAAUCUGCCUUCAUUAGCCUCAAAGAUCCCAUCACGAAGAUAUCUGUUUCAUUCCAAAAAAAAGAACAUGGAAGAAAACUCCACAAGUGUUACCAAGUGGGAAACUAUAGUCAAGACUUCUUAUACGCACAGAGAUCAUAUACGCUAUUCUGAAGAACUGGUUGCUCGUUCAUCUUGUCAAUCCACAACUUAAUGGUUUGAACCCUUGGAAUGGAUCAUCAGGUUGAAUUUGAUUACAACUUCAUAGGCGUAAGAAACCGAGUUUCUUUUGUGACCCGUAGAACACUUAACCCGUAAUCCCUCAGAUUGAUUUACAUGUGUAGCUAUACUUCCAUAUCUGUCUGUUGCCUACUUAGCUAAUAAGACGAACAUUUGUUCCCAGUAAAUGCUAUGUUCAUAUUUCUAUCAUAUAACUGUUCUUAGCGUUUUCAAAAGUUUCCAUUCAGGUGCUUCAACUACAGGACAGCAAAGUCUACAGGUAACAUUUACCCAUUUCAGUUUAUCAUAUACAGUCUCUCUGAGAUGAAGCAUCGAAAUGAGUAAUCUUAGGAUGAACAAGACAGUGUUAUAGGGGAAGGCCGAGAAAGAAUUAUCAUUAAGCUUGUCUCUUUGUUAGAGAUACAUGUACAAACAUAUUAGCAAUAAACGAAAAACUAGCCUUUGUAAUCGCCAGCAAAAACCGUCCAACUGCCUUAGAUCGCACUACUCUAAAUUUCUUUUCUUCUCUGAUCUUCCUAUAUCACUCCCAUUACAACUCUCUCAUCACUUUCAUAUAUAUACAACAAAA